GCUACUCUCUGCUAUCGAUCAUUACGCCUGUUCGUUUCUCUGUCCUCGCCAUGGCGCCGUGUCCCUGCUCUCCCAGCACUGAAAGUGGCCGCCUCUCUUCUGCUGCCGACCCUGUGCUCUCAGAAUCAGUCUGUACCUCAAACCGCCAUUUUGGAGACCGAGAGCGCAGAGUUGGCAGCGGCAGAGACUGAGCAAAAACGGGGACACGGGGCCCAAGAAAGUGUAUCUGUCCUGUAUGGGUCCUCAUUCACCUCUAUGGCCAGUCAGCAAGAUGAGACCCCCUCCACAGACUGCUCACGUUUGGCCAAACCACUGCACCUGCAGCAUCUGGAGAGGUCCUUGAGAUUGGACACUUUUUUGCGGCAAACUGCCAGGACUUUCAAUGGAGACAUUUCCAGUGAAGAGGAUAGCGAUGACUCUUUGGCUGAAGGACCCUCCCUUUCGGCAUCAGACCCCCACACCCCUCUGCAGGCGCUUAAGGAGAAGCAUGCAGAUGGGGCCGAACAGGGAAGAAGAGCCCGGCUGACAGAAAGCAGCCCGCUCAAUGGUGCUCUUCUCCUAGAGCAAAACAAACCAAGUUUAUACAAUUUCUCCAAAUUGAAGAAGAGCAGGAAGUGGUUGAAGGGCAUUCUGUUAGGCGAUGGCACUGACUCUGAGUCCGACUUGAGUGACUCCGACUCCUCUGUGUCCCACGAGGAGCAGCUGCAAGACAUGCUGCGGCUCCACAAACUCACCAAGAUCCACCAGGGAAAAUUUCACACAGACCGUGAGCUGCAGCACUAUCAGUAUUACAGUACAGGUCUUCUCUCCUCCCAUGACCUCUUCUACGAACAACAGCGGCAACUCUAUGGGCCCAAGAAGAAGAAGAUCAAAGAAGAAAAGAAAUCAAAACUCAAGAAGAUUAAGAAAAAGAAGAAGAGAGGCGAUGAUAUGAGUGCAGAGGGUCGGCCGUACGUCACCAAAAUCUUUGCCAAAUUCACGCAUGAUGUUCCUCUUCCCAUGUCCAAGAAAAAGCACUUAACCAUCGAGCAACUGAACGCAAGGAGACGAAAAGUCUGGCUUACCAUUGCAAAAAAGGAAAAUCCAAAGGCAUUCAAACAGAAAGCAUCGGCUAAGAACUUCGUUUUAUCUAAUGCCAAAAAGUUGGCGCAUCAGUGCAUGAGGGAGGUCCGCAGGGCUGCCAUCCAGGCCCAGAAGAACUGCAAGGAGACGCUGCCCCGCGCCCGGCGCCUCACCAAGGAGAUGCUGCUGUACUGGAAGAAGUACGAGAAGGUGGAGAAGGAGCACCGCAAGCGGGCCGAGAAAGAGGCUCUGGAGCAGCGCAGGCUGGACGAGGAGAUGAAGGAGGCGAAGAGACAACAGAGAAAGCUCAACUUCCUCAUCACACAGACAGAGCUCUACGCUCACUUCAUCGGCAGCAAACAGAACCAGCCAGGGGUGCAUAGCUCACAGGAAGAGAUCCUGAAGAAGCUGGAGGACAAGUCUUCCCAGAGGCAAAUUGAUAUCGGCGGAGGGGUGAUAGUGAACAUGGGCCAAGAGGACUACGAUUGUGACUACUACAAGUCACAGGCCCUGAGAAACGCCAAAGAAGCCUACCAAAUUCAUCGGGCAAGGACACGGCUGUUUGAUGAGGAGGCCAAGGACAGUCGUUGUGCGUCGCUCCACGCGGCGAGCGGAUCAGGCUCGGGCUUCGGAGAGAGCUACAGCCUGUCCAACCCCUCCAUCCGGGCGGAAGAGGACAUCCCACAGCCCACCAUCUUCAACGGCAAGCUGAAGGGCUACCAGCUGAAAGGCAUGAACUGGCUAGCCAAUCUCUAUGAGCAGGGCAUCAAUGGCAUUCUUGCAGAUGAAAUGGGCCUCGGAAAAACUGUUCAGAGCAUAGCUUUGCUUGCUCAUCUCGCAGAGCGAGACAAUAUUUGGGGUCCAUUUCUCAUUAUCUCACCUGCAUCAACGCUAAAUAACUGGCACCAAGAAUUCUCCCGCUUUGUGCCUAAAUUUAAGGUGCUACCAUAUUGGGGUAAUCCUCAUGACAGGAAAGUCAUCAGGAAGUUUUGGAGCCAGAAAACGCUGUAUACCCAGAAUGCCCCCUUCCACGUGGUCAUCACAAGCUACCAGCUGGUGGUGCAGGAUGUGAAGUAUUUCCAGCGGGUCAAGUGGCAGUACAUGGUGCUGGACGAGGCCCAGGCACUGAAGAGUAGCACCAGUGUACGAUGGAAGAUACUGCUUCAGUUUCAGUGCAGAAACAGGCUUCUGCUCACAGGAACGCCAAUUCAGAACACAAUGGCUGAGCUCUGGGCCCUUCUCCAUUUCAUCAUGCCAACAUUGUUCGACUCACAUGAAGAGUUCAAUGAAUGGUUCUCAAAAGACAUCGAAAGCCAUGCCGAGAACAAGUCUGCCAUCGAUGAGAACCAGCUCUCAAGACUGCACAUGAUCCUGAAACCCUUCAUGCUUCGCAGAAUCAAAAAAGAUGUGGAGAAUGAGUUGUCAGAUAAGAUUGAGAUCCUGAUGUACUGCCAGGUGACCAGUAGGCAGCGUCUCCUGUACCAGGCGCUGAAGAACAAGAUCUCCAUUGAGGACCUGCUGCAGUCGUCCAUGGGCUCGGCCCAGCAGGCCCACAACACCACCAGCAGCCUCAUGAACCUCGUCAUGCAGUUCAGAAAGGUGUGCAAUCAUCCAGACCUGUUUGAGAGGCAGGAGACGCGGUCGCCGUUUCACAUGACCCUGAGGCCAUUUCAGAUGUCAAAGUUCUUGUUCCGACAGGGUCUUCUACAUACUUUCAACCAGAACAGAAGAAAGUGGCUUCAGGUUUUGCUUUCUCCAUUCAGUCCACAUCACAUUCAGCAGUCCCUGUUCCAUAGAAAAGGUGAUGAUGAGGGUAGCUGCUUCUCGUUCCUGCGUUUCAUCGAUACAUCCCCUGCUGAGAUGUCCAGCCUUAUGCUACAGGGAGUCCUCAUGAGAUGGUUAGCGUUGCACUGGUCCCAGAAGUCCUCUUACCGGCUCUACAUGCGGCGUCUGUGGGCCGUGGAGAACCAGGAAGCAAAUGAGACGCUGAGCAGGAGAGAUCUCAUUUUGUGGCUCGACGCGCCAACGUCCUUCUUCAGCUCACAUGGCGGAUCUGCUCUUCAGGAUCUAGUGUUCACCAGGCCUCAAUCAGUAUUGCUGGAGUCACCUGGCUGCAGGAGUCAAUUCCAGCCUUCAGAGCUGCCCAAGUUCCUCUUUGCUGUUGCUCCGCGGGUGACCGCACCUCCCGUUGAGUGCUACUGUGAUGACCGCAGCGCUGCGUACGAAUGGCUGCAAAUGAGGGCAGGGAGAUCGCCGACGGCGAAGCAGUGCAUCACGUACGGAUCACCUGAACUGGCCGAGGCCUGGGCCACUCGCUCCCUGGCCUUCUCUGCUGCGGUGCCUGGUGGGAUCAUGGCACAGCACCCCAGGCAUGGCUGGUCCUUCAUCAGGAUACCAGACAAAGAGACUCUAAUUACCCACAGUGGGAAACUACACACUCUGGACAAACUGCUCACCAGACUGAAGCUCCAAGGCCACCGCGUGCUCAUCUACUCACAGAUGACGCGGAUGAUCGACUUGCUGGAGGAGUACAUGGUGUACCGGAAGCACACCUACAUGCGCCUUGAUGGCUCGUCCAAGAUCUCAGAAAGAAGGGAUAUGGUUGCUGACUUCCAAAGCAGGAAUGAUAUUUUCGUGUUUCUCCUGAGCACAAGAGCAGGCGGUCUAGGCAUCAACCUGACAGCGGCUGAUACAGUUAUCUUCUACGAUAGCGACUGGAAUCCCACCGUGGACCAGCAGGCGAUGGACCGGGCUCACAGGCUGGGCCAGACCAAGCAGGUCACCGUCUACCGCCUCAUCUGCAAAGGCACCAUAGAGGAGCGCAUCUUGCAGAGAGCCAAAGAAAAGAGUGAGAUUCAGAGAAUGGUUAUAUCUGGUGGAAACUUCAAACCAGAUACCCUCAAACCUAAAGAGGUGGUCAGCUUGCUUUUGGAUGAUGAUGAACUGGAGAAGAAGUUACGCCUGAGGCAGGAGGAGAAGAGGCAGCAGGAGGAGACCAGUAAAGUGAAGGAUCGCAAAAGGAAGAGGGAGAAAUAUGCUGAGAGGAGGAAGAAGGACGAUGAGGUGGACGUGAAGAAGAGAAAGGAGGGCGUGAACCUGGUGAUCCCGGCGGCUCUCUCAGCAGACAACUCCAACCUCUCUGCAGACGGAGACGACUCCUUCAUGAGCCUUGACAUGGACUCAGCCAUGCCCAGCCCCUUCAGCGAGAUCUCUCUCAGCAGUGAGCUACAACCAGGCUCCAUUGCUCCGGAUGAAAGCAGCAACGACAUGCUUGUGAUAGUGGAUGAACCAGUGUCUUCCGCGCCACAGUCCCGUGCCACAAGUUCGCCCGUUUCCAUCACGGGUGCAGACAAUAUGAAUGGGGCUUCAUCGCAGGAGGUGUCCGGUUCCAGCAAGGGCAAGACUGGCCGGAGUCGGGGCCGCCCCAAAGGCUCGGGAGGGGCCGGGAAGUCGGCGGCAAAGGGUCGCGGUCGGAAGUCUACCGCUGGCAGUGCGGCCGCCAUGGCUGGGGCUAUGGCUGGGGCUGCAGCAGCCUCCGCCGCCGCUUAUGCUGCGUACGGGUUCAGUGUGUCCAAAGGUCUUGCAUCAUCAGGCCCUCUUCAGCCGUCGUUGGCACGGGCAUCUGCCAUGUCAGUUGCUGCUUCAAGCAGUGGCUCUUCCUCCAUGUUUCCCAAGAGUGCCGCAGUUCCUCUGGGGGCCCAGCACAUUGCACACGGGAGCUCACACGGCCACCACGCCAGGAAAGGCAAAGGAGCCGCAGGCUUUUCAUCUCAACAGUAAAGACGGAGCGCCGCGAAUACAAGAUGUUACAGCAUCAAGAUUUUACAGAUGUCUAUAUUAGAAAGUUGACUUGUUGUGAAUUGUGUCCAUAAGAACUAUUUUCAGGAGAGGAGAAAUGAAAGGACUUUUUUUUCAGCCGGAGUUUUUUCAGCAGAUUUCUGUCUAUUUGGGUGGGUGGACCCAAAAACGCCAGUUCAAAUUUGAACGCUAGAUUUGGUGUAACAUCUCUUGCUUAUGUAUUUUUUCGUUGGUGUAAAAUAGUCAAAAAUGUUGAGAUAUGCAUGCAGUAUAGGACCAAGAUGGAGAUUAAAAUAAAAAGUACAAGUUCCACCUUACUUAUGCACUACACAAAAUAUCUGUCCAUUUUAAUAUUGUUAAUUAUUUGUUGAAUAUUUAGUUGAUUUGACAUUAAUUAAAAAGAAAUGGCCAUCAUCAUUGGCAUUAUAAAUCAACAUCAUUAAAAAAACCUCUGAAGAAUAUGUUUGUACAGCUUUUAAAGAUUUUUAUUACGAUUGGUGAUCCAUACUGUAUCUUACAUUUCCCUGCGUUUCAGUGUCCGUUUAAUGUUUUAAAUGACUAAAUAUCACUUCAAAAUUACAUCAUUGUAAUUGAAAUCUUACCAGGUGUAUUUAAAUAAAUAAAAUCCUUUUGUCUAUAAACAGUUUAACCACAUGUCACUUUAAUCAUAAGGCAUUGUUAUGGUUAAAGACUUCGUAAGAACUUGGAAGUCAAAAAAUUGUAGUGUCUUAAGGGCACUGAUAGACCUUCCUUGUGUUGAUCAGGCACAUGUUCUGACACCAGCAUGAGCAAAUCCAGUGUGUUGAUUUGUCUCAACACAUCAUGUAGCAGUAACAAUGUUUUUAUAUGAUCCCAUUGCAGGGUGUAAUCACUAAUGUACUCUUC